GGUCUUUUAGGCCCGGACGAAGAAGGAAGCUGAAAGUGGCGGCGUUUUAAUUUAUUUUUAUUGUUGUUUUUUGAGGGGGAACGAUGACUGCAACACACAGGAAGCGGACCCCGUGCGAGGCCAGCGGGACCGGUGGAGACGUGUAAGUUAGAGAGGUGCUGGGAGCCCUUUUCCGGGGUUGUGGGCUAGCAAGGCCGCCGCAAGGUACCUCCGCACAUACCUCUUGCCCGCCCAGCAGCCAACAGUGUGGGGCGGCGGUGACGGCGACGGCCGGGGCUGGGAGGGCUGGCGGCCGGGGUCCCAGCCAUGGCCGAGUCUGUGGAGCGGCUGCAGCAGCGGAUCCAGGAACUGGAACGGGAACUGGCCCAGGAGAGAAGUCGCCAGGUCCCGGGGAACCGCGACGGAAAAGGCGGUCGGACCCGCAUCGAGAAGAUGAGCCCGGAGGUGGUGGACUCCAACCCCUACAGCCGCCUGAUGGCAUUGAAACGAAUGGGAAUUGUAAGCGACUAUGAGAAAAUCCGUACCUUUGCUGUAGCAAUAGUAGGUGUUGGUGGAGUUGGCAGUGUGACUGCUGAAAUGCUGACCAGAUGUGGCAUUGGUAAGUUGCUCCUCUUUGACUAUGACAAGGUGGAACUGGCCAAUAUGAACAGACUUUUCUUCCAACCUCAUCAAGCAGGACUAAGUAAAGUUCAAGCAGCAGAACAUACUUUGAGGAACAUUAAUCCUGAUGUUCUUUUUGAAGUGCACAACUACAACAUAACCACAGUAGAAAACUUUGAACACUUCAUGGAUAGAAUAAGUAAUGGUGGAUUAGAAGAAGGAAAACCUGUUGACCUCGUUCUUAGUUGUGUGGACAAUUUUGAAGCUCGAAUGACAAUAAAUACAGCUUGUAAUGAGCUUGGACAAACAUGGAUGGAGUCUGGGGUCAGUGAAAAUGCAGUAUCAGGGCAUAUACAGCUCAUAAUUCCUGGAGAAUCUGCUUGUUUUGCGUGUGCUCCACCACUUGUAGUUGCUGCAAAUAUUGAUGAGAAGACUCUGAAACGAGAAGGUGUUUGUGCAGCCAGUCUUCCUACCACUAUGGGAGUGGUUGCUGGGAUCUUGGUACAAAAUGUAUUAAAGUUUCUGUUAAAUUUUGGUACUGUUAGUUUUUACCUUGGAUACAACGCAAUGCAGGAUUUUUUUCCUACUAUGUCUAUGAAGCCAAAUCCUCAGUGUGAUGACAGAAAUUGCAGGAAGCAGCAGGAAGAAUAUAAGAAAAGGGUAGCAGCAUUGCCCAAGCAGCAGGCUGUUCAAGAAGAGGAAGAGAUAAUACAUGAAGACAAUGAGUGGGGUAUUGAAUUGGUAUCUGAGGUUUCAGAAGAGGAACUGAAAAAUUCUUCAGGUCCAAUUCCUGACUUACCUGAAGGAAUUACAGUGGCAUAUACAGUUCCCCAAAAGCAAGAAGAUUCUGUACCUGAAGUAACAGUGGAAGAUUCUGGUGAAAGCUUGGAAGACCUCAUGGCCAAGAUGAAGAACAUGUAAAUAAUGGACCAGCCUAUAUUUUAUUUCCUGUAUUUAAGCCUUUUCCCUUGCAACAAAAACAAAAACAAAAACAAACAAAAAAAUCACUUUAAAACUGAGACAAUCUUUACUGAUUUGUUAAGCUUUUUGAAAAUACUGAUUAUUGCUUGUUGCUCCUCCCCUCCUCAGCUAAAUCAGAAACUCUCCUAAAACUCAUGUUUCAUUCUAGUAAGAAAUCUUCAAAGGAUUACUGUAGGCAGUUGUAAAUCUUACUGAAAACUUAGCCAUUGAACUGUUUUGGCCUUUUGGAGGGGCGGAAGGAAGGGACCAAUUUGAUGCCAUUUUCCUUUUCUUUCCAGUAAGCCUUUGUAGUCUGAUGCCUGAGGCAAUGGACAGUAGAAUAGUGUGUGAUGAAAUAAAGAGAAAGGAGUAGAGGCAUGACCUAAUGAUUAGAGACAGCAGGCAUCUACUCACUGUGUUUGGCAUUGUUCUCUACAAGAAAACUGCCCACUACCACUAACUUGGCCAAUGGUGAAUUUCAAAUAGUAAACCAAUAGAAUAAAAAAUCCUCUCAAAUGUUUCCUGAUGAAAUACAAGCUGAAAUGAAGUCAUUGGAAAAGUUUGUAAACUUGUGAAUUAUAUAGUCAAAAAAGACACAAAUAUUAAGGAAGAUUUCUUGAUGGAUAGACAGGUAUUUUCAGGAUGUACGUAUUAUAUUUCUGCUCUAAGGAAAAGCAGUGUGCUUUAUAUAGGAGCAGAGGAUAAAUUUAAGCUAAGAUCAUCUAAAUUAUACCCAUAAUAUAGGUUACCUUCUGAAUAAUUUGCUUAGUUUAUACUUGAUUCCCUGGGUAAUUAGAUGUGGGCAAGGGUUCGUCCUGGAUAGUGGACAAUAAAAGAGGCCUAAAUUGCCUCUGCAGCCACUGACAUGUAUUUCUUCAUAGGGAAGAGUAUCAUUUUCCCUGAUCAUGACCACUAAAUCAUAAACUGAUACAAUGGCUUUCUCCAGAGUUUUUGCAUACAAAUAAUGAAGGCUUAGAGAGCCUUGGUUGAAAUAAACUCCUAAUGGUUUGGAAACCAAUAAAGAAACAUGCAUGUGUAACUAUUAUCUGUAGGCUGUUACUAUGCUAGUCUCCUAUUUAGGUGAUUUUUUGCUUCGAAGAUGUAAUUGUUUAAAUUCUAUCUCUAGGGGGAAAAUUUAGUGAAAAAUUAAAAAUGCUUUUCCCACUUGUAAAAUAAAAUUUUAAAAACUGAUUUCAUAAUGCCCCAAA